AUGACGGAGGGCCUUCCGCCGCCGCAGAACGCGGUGGAUCCGACAGCGGCGAUGGCGGCGGGGGCGGCGGCGCUGGAGGCGGAGCUGCUGGACGUGCUAGACGACAAGGGCCACCCCACGGGCGAGGCGCUUCCGCGCGGCGAGGUGCACAGGCGUGGGCUGUGGCACCGCGCGGUGCACACGUGGGUGUUCGCGGAGAAGGGCGCGCAGCUGCUGCUGCAGCGGCGCGCGGCGCACAAGGAGUCGUGGGGCGACAUGUGGGACGUGUCUAGCGCCGGCCACGUCACCACCGGCUGCUCCUCCCUCCUCACCGCCCAGCGCGAGAUGGAGGAGGAGCUGGGGCUGUCACUGCCAGAGUCCGCCUUCCAGUGGCUCUUCCAAGACACCUUCCAAUCGGUGCUAAAGGGGGGCACGUACAUAAACAACGAGUUCAGUGACGUCUACCUCAUCACAGUACCAGAGCCGCUCCCCCUCUCCGCCUUCACACUGCAAGAGUCGGAGGUAGCGGAGGUGAAGUGGGUGCCGUGGAGGGACUACGAGGCCUCUCUGCAUGCCAGGGACCCGCACUACGUGCCCUUUGAUGUAGAGUCGCCCAACGGCUACCGGCAACUCUUUACACACCUUGAGAAACUAUCUGCGCCCUGCAACAGACGCCCGGCCAUGGCUUCCGCCAAUUGCAGCGUCGCCACCUCUUCCUUGCGCCUCUCCUGCUCCUCUCGUCAAUCCGCGCUCGCAUCGCUUGCGUCCUCCGCACCAUCCGUGCACCCCGCGGCCCUCGCCGCCCUCUCCUCCCUCGCCGCGUCUCGCCGAACUGCUUCUCUGCCCGUCCCUGCUCUCGCGGCACCGCGACAACACCGUCCUUCGCGCGGCCGUCGGGCUGUACGCGUUAUGGCGAGUCAAAGCGAGAAGCGCGCUCUCAUUUCUGUCUCCGAUAAGACGGGACUCGAUACGCUCGCCAAGGGGCUGCUGGAUCUCGGCUUCACGCUGGUGUCGACGGGCGGCACGGCGAAAGCCAUCGAGGAGGCGGGGCUGCCCGUCACGACCGUGGAUCAGAUCACCAACUUUCCCGAAAUGCUGGACGGGCGGGUGAAGACGCUGCACCCGGCAGUGCAUGGGGGCAUUCUGGCUCGGCGCGCCCUGCCCGCCCACAUGGACGCCCUUGCUGCUCACAACAUCGGUCCCAUUGACGUGGUGGCGGUCAAUCUGUACCCGUUUGUGGCGACGGUGACAGCGGAGGGCGGGGCGUCGUUCGAGAGGGGCAUUGAGAACAUUGACAUCGGCGGCCCCACCAUGAUCCGCGCUGCUGCUAAGAAUCACGAGAAUGUGUGGGUGGUGGUGGACCCGGCUGACUACUCCUCGCUGCUGGCCGCGCUCAAGGGGGACAAGGCCGAGGGGGAGGGGGAGAGCGAGGAGGCGUUGAGGAGGCGGCUGGCGUGGAAGGCGUUUCAACACACGGCGUCGUACGAUGCUGCCGUAUCCGAGUGGCUGUGGCCGCACGCCCAGCCCAAGACUGACGAGUUCGCCCCGCCACCAGCCCUGGCCGUGCCGCUGACGUUGUCCGCAGUGCUGCGGUACGGCGAGAACCCCCACCAGCGGGCCGCCUUCUACGCCGAUGACUCGCUGGGGGAGCGCGGCAAGGGGGGGAUUGGCAGUGCUGUGCAGCACCACGGCAAGGAGAUGUCAUACAACAACUAUCUGGACGCGGAUGCGGCCUGGCAGUGCGUGUGGGAGAUGCCCACCGCGGCCUGCGUCGUCGUCAAGCACACCAACCCCUGCGGCGCCGCCACCGUCACGCUCCCCCCCUCCGCCUCCCCUGAAGAGCAAGAAGCAGCCCUCCUCGAGGCCUACCGUGCCGCCGUGCGUGCCGACCCCGUGAGCGCAUUUGGCGGCAUAGUGGCGUUCAACCGCCCAGUAACCGCCGCGCUCGCACGCGAGCUGAGGGAGUUCCGAUCCCCCACAGACGGCGAGACGCGCAUGUUCUACGAGAUCGUGGUGGCGCCGGGGUACACAGAGGAAGGGCUGGCGGUGCUCAAGGGGAAGAGCAAGGCGCUGCGCAUCCUGGAAGCGCAGGCAAGCAGCAAGGGCAGGCGGUCGCUGCGGCAGGUGGGGGGCGGGUGGCUGCUGCAGGACUCUGAUGACGUGGAUGCUGAUGACCUCACGCUCACUGUGGUGACUAAGAAGCAGCCCAGUGAAGCUGACCUUGAGAACGCACGGUUUGCAUGGAGGGUGGUGAAGCAUGUGAAGAGCAACGCCAUCACCAUCGCCAAGGACGGGCGGCUGUUGGGCAUGGGGAGCGGGCAGCCGAACCGGGUGAAGAGUGGGCAGAUCGCGCUGGAGAAGGCAGGCGAGGAGGCCAAGGGUGCUGCUGUCGCCAGCGAUGCCUUCUUCCCCUUCGCAUGGGGAGAUGCAGUGGAGGCGGCGUGUGAGGCGGGGGUGGCGGUGAUAAUCCAGCCGGGCGGCAGUGUGCGGGACCAGGACGCCAUCGACUGCUGUGACAAGUAUGGUGUCGCCAUGGUCUUCACCAACGUGCGCCACUUCCGCCACUAG